UAGAUCUAACUAGAUCUUGGAGGACACUGUCUAACUAGGUCUAGUUCCUGGAGGACACUGUCUAACUAGAUCUUGGAGGACACUUUAUCUAACUAGAUUUAGAUCUUGGAGGACACUUUAUCUAACUAGGUCUAUAUCUUGGAGGACUCUAAAUCUAUCUAGAUCUUUGAGGACAGUUUAUCGAGCUGGUUUUUAAUUUUUGUGUUUAACAUUUAACUUCCUAUGGAUCUCUAGUGUACUAAACUGAGGGGGAAAAAGGCAAUAAUUUGACUUGGUGUGUUUUCAAAUAAUCAAAUAAGCUCUUCAGAAACCUUAGUGUUUAUUCCUGACAAUGGAAGAAAAGACCCAUGUAACUUCUAGUCUACACAAGUGUCUUUUUAUAACUGGAUACCUCUGUAUGUUUCAAGAGCAGAUGUAAUCAAGCAAAGUCAGAAUGAGCAGACAUUCCAAAUAACAGCUGAACAAGAUGGCUUCCAAAGAACAUUCAUUCGUUAUUUUCUACAACAUCAGUCAUCUUAACUCUAGCCUUCUGGAUGCCAAUAGUUCUACACCAAAGUACAACAUCUACGAGGAAUACACAUUGUUGAAAGAUUCACUGAUCACUUCACAUGACAACCCGUUCAAUAUUUUUCUUAUCGUGUUGUAUAUAGGCGCAUUCGCUAUUGGAUUUAUAGGUAAUGUAUUCGUCAUCCUGGUUGUGUUACGUCACAGACACAUGAGAACCCUUACCAACGUGUUUUUCUUCAAUCUGACCAUCGGUGACUUUAUGGUCAACUGUAUAUGUAUACCUACAACGCUUUUCUUUUACAUUUACAGGGACUGGAUAUUUGGUGAAACGUUAUGUCGACUGACGCCAUUUUUUCAAAGCACAGCUGUGUCAGUCAGUGUGUUGUCUAUGCUGUCUAUAUCAGUUAACAGAUACUUUGCUAUUCAUAUUCCACUUCGAGCCAAGAUACUGUUUUCAAGAAAUCGUGUCCACGUAAUGUUGGCUUCAAUUUGGGGAAUAAGUUUAGGAGCUUUCAGUCCGAUGUUAUAUAUCAACAAAGUGACUACCUACGGCUUGCCAGACAUCUUUACAGUCAGAGCGUGCCACGAAGUUUGGACGAUUGCAGAAUUAAAGCACGGGUACAACUUGAUCAUAUUUCUGCUCUUGUUUCUUUUGCCGCUCACCGUUAUGAGCGCACUUUACCUAAAGAUAUCUAUGGCUCUCUGGUCUAAGAACAGACAACUCUUUUCUAAUGCCAGAAAACAGGCUUGUAUGUCCACUCCAGUAGAUCGCUUACUCUUACAACGUCGAAAGACAGUCCGUACGCUUGUACUAUUAGUCGUUCUGUUUGCCGGCUCCUGGUUUCCCUAUUAUGUUGUGUACUUCUGGUUAGAAUUUAACAGCAGGAGUCUGUACGUGAGCGUCGUCAACACUUUUGUAUAUCCGCUGGCCCAGUUAGUCGGGCUGUCCAACUCCAGUAUUAAUCCCAUACUGUACUGUUUCCUUAGCAACGGAUUCCGACGUGCUCUAUUGAACAUGUGCUGUAGACGUUCCAAAAGAACUAGGAAUGGGCUGGUCAUGACUGUUCGCUAUAGAUGUUCUGAUGACAGUGGAGUUGGCAGUGUAGAGACAGUAUUAUCUUAGGCAUGAAUAAAUUCAAGCCAUGCUAUUAUAAAGACAUAAUGAUAAAGGGACGAUGUGAGAAUUAAUGAUAACCACAUGGCCAUUAAGAAGAUGUCAUCAAAAGUCAGAAGACAUAGUGACGAUGAAGUAAUACAGAUUUGGACAUUCAGAAGAUCUAAUGAUAAAAUCAUGGAUAUCGUGAAUAUUUAGUGAUAAAGUAGUGAUAAUGCAAUAAUCCAUAAAGCUUAGCUGGUUCGAUCAUAUUGUAUAACAUCAAGACAUGAAUUUACAGUCAAAGAUCAUCCUACAAGGUACAUUGGAGGGAGCAUGCAGAAAGGGUUGUCUAAAGAAAAGCUGGCUGAACAACGUAACAAAAAUUGGAUCAGCCUUUCUUCCUAUUCCGACCGGGAAACGUUGUGAGAUUUGGUAACGCGAACUGUCACAAAACCCCUACCACGAAAGUCAAGGGGCAGAUGAAUGAUGAUGACAAGAUGUAAUUACGCAGCCUCGGAUUUUUUAAAAUUAAACUCAUUUCAUAUUGUACCAGCAACUCAUUAUUUUUUUUGUUAUUCAAGCAAUCUACAAUUAUUAUAAUACACUUUUAUACUACUUGACUAGCAACUCCAUCCUCUACUUCUUGUUGCUUUUUCAAGAUUUGACAUAAAGUAAAGAGAGAAUAACUCAGUAGCAAACAGAUGAAGCUUUUUACACAGAUAGUCAUAUAAAAUUAAUCAUUUCAAUUGGAAGUUAUUUUAAAACUCUAUAAAUCAUCAAUAAGGCUGAGUCUAUUUAUGACUCUUUCCCAUUAGUUUCAGGAUUAAAUGGCUCAGUCUCAAGAGAUUUACAUUCAGUGUCCAAACUUCACAGAAAAAUAACAACAUUGACAAUACUUGAUACUGCAUCAUACACUUUUUAACUUGCUAAAGGCUGCAAGCUUUUUUUUUUGUCAGUUUUUGGCAAAGCUGGAAGUGUAGGGUGUAAAAGUGACUUUUCAUUGUUCUAAUUAUUGGUUAUACAAGAUAUUUUAUAGACCAACAAUGUUUUUUUAAUAUUUUUUUUUAAUAAUACCAAAUAGAUUUUAAAUCAUUUUCAACACAAUUCAAAAGGUUAAAAGUAUUUCCCUUUAUAAUGCAACAUAUUUAUACAAAUUCAAAAUAUAGUUAUAACAAUAUGCCUCUACAAGGAUCCUCAAAAAGAAUGAAUGUAAACAAUAACCAAAGACCCUAAACCAUUUUGUGGACUGAAACACAAAUGUAUUAGCUCCAUAGUAUUGAAAUGAAAUCAACAAUAUCCAUCCACUAGAAAUAAAAACAAACAGUAAUUAACUCUAUGGAUAUGUCUUUGAUCCACUUUUGUUCCUGUUUUACAAGACCGCAUCAUUCAACUGGCAUACAGCUAUUGCAUUCACCCAAAUAUCUAAGUUACUGGAUAUCUUUUAAAUAUAUAUAUGUAUAAUUAUAUGCAGUAGCUGAAUGGUUGAGUUUUAGCUUCAAGUUGACAUUAGAUUUUUCUAGAACAUUUCAUGAGUCCAAACACUAUAAGACUUUCACAUUUUUCUUUUAUUUUGGGAAAAAAAAAAAGAAAUAUCAGGUUUUCUAAAAAAGUCUAAAUGCUGAGUUA